AUGGAAAUCACAACUCAGGAUGCUAUUAUGGUCUUCGACGAUCAGGAAUAUGAAGCUAAAGAAGCCUUUUUAUAUCUCCAAGAAAUUUACAGCGUUUCCCACCCAAAUAUAUUUCAUGAAAUUUUACAACAUGUAAGGAUUAAUGAAAACAUCGACGCUUAUGAUGUGUCAUGGAUUUUAAGAUUCAUUGGCAGGGCUUGUAAAUAUUCCUUCCUUGAAAAAUGCGCAGAUGUUAUUUCUUCAGAAUCUUAUGAUGAAUAUGUUAAAAAUAUUCUCGGCCAGAAGAAGAACGAAUUGCUCCGCUUUGAAAAGCCACAGUAUGUGCACCAGGCAAGUGCAUUAGCCGCUUCAUCAAGUCCUACAAAACAUACAGAAGUUCCUAACAAUCCGAAUUCAAGUUUCAACAGAAUAAUAAAUAUGCUCAAAAAAGAAAGCCAACUGAGUACAAAUAAUACAAAUAUUGCAAAUUCCGCUCGUUCAAACAACGGAGAGAACGUUUAUCAUAUUGCUGCAAAAGAUCUCAAUAUUUCCCUUCUUAGUAACAUUAUCAAAGCAAAUAUCGAUAAAAAGUUGAUCAAUCAGAUUGACAAUGACGGAAAUACACCUCUUCUAGCCGCUCUUAAGACUAAGAGCACAAACUCGAAGAAUGAUGUUGUUACUCAGCUUCUCAAAGCAAACGGUGAUCCAAAUAUUCAAGAUAAAGAUGGAAAUACGAUUUUACACUUGGCUGCAAUGAAUAAAGAUGCAGCGUUGUAUACAAUUAUUACAACAUUAUGUGACAAUGCUGAUGAUUCUUUGAGGAAUAAUGCCGGACAGACUCCAAUGGAAAUUUAUCCACUUUUGAAGCCAAAGAAGAUAAGUGGGUUCAUCUCUCUAUCUUCGGCUGAUUCAACCAUAUAA